AUGACUAACAGUGAACAACCAUCGAUCAAGACUUCUCUUAUAGAGUUGAAGAAUAGAACUUCAGGACCAAGAAUUCUUUUCAAAUGUGAAUAUGAACAACCAUCUGGAAGUUUCAAACUUCGAGGUAUGGGACAUUUAGUUCAUACUGCGAUUGAAGAAGCCAAGAAAUUAGGUAAAGAUAAGGUAGAAGUGUUUUCAUCAUCUGGAGGAAAUGCCGGAUUGGCAGCUGCCUAUGCAGCCAAGUACUAUGGAGUCAAUUGUACUGUUGUUUUACCUGUCAUUUCGAAACCAGUGGUUAUUGAAAAAUUAAAAGGGUUAGGUGCCACCGUUAUUGUGGAAGGUAAACAUUGGGGAGAAGCUGAUAAUCAUAUAAGAAAUGAUAUUAUUGCUAAUUUAGAUAAUUCAAUUUAUCCAGUUUAUGCUCAUCCAUUUGAUGAUCCUUUAAUUUGGGAAGGUCAUGCUAAUUUCAUUGAUGAAUUAAUCAUUGAAAAACAAUUAUCAUCAGAAGAUUUAAACCAUGUUAAAGGAAUAGUUUGUAGUGUUGGAGGUGGUGGUUUAUAUAAUGGGGUCAUUGAAGGUUUAAAAAGAAACAAAGAGUUAAAUGAUGUCCCAGUAUUAACGGUUGAGACUCAUCAAGCUCCAACUUUCAAGGUUUCACUUGAUGCUAAUGAAGUGGUUCAUUUAAAGGAAAUCAAGACUUUAUCAACUUCAUUGGCUUCGCCAUACAUUUCUGGGAAAUCUCUUGAAAACUAUAAACUGCACAAGACUCAUCAUGUUGUGAUUGAUGAUUUGGAUGCUGCACAAGGUUGUAUUGAUUUCUAUGAUGAAUUUGGUGUUCUCGUAGAACCUGCUUGUGGUGCAUCAGUAGCCUUAGCCUUUAAGAAAUCUGAUUUAUUAGAAAACUUUGGUGCUUUGACCAAAGAUGAUAUUGUUAUCAUUGUUGCAUGUGGAGGAUCUGGUACCAAUGUAGAUACUUUAAAUGAAUAUAGAAAACUUGUCGUAGCAAAUUAA